GCUCUGUGAUGGAGAAGCCACCUCACCGCAGUUCACUUUUACGCAGAGGAGAUGAGCGCUCGGAUACCAAAAUCCAACCCGGCCAUGAAAUUAAUAUUGGCAUCUUGGAACCCCCUCUCAGUGGCUCACAACACCCCAGGGGGUCCCCACAUCUAGUUUGGCAACUAUUACACUAACAUACCAACAUGUCUCACCCCACUGGUUCCCAACCUGAAGGAUUUAGGGGGCUCUUCACAGCUACUUUUUCCUGGGCCUUCCAGCAACAGGACAUACCCCCAAAGUACCAGUACCGGGAUCCUGUGACCUCGGACGUCCUGCUGUGUGAUCAGUGUCCGCCUGGAACAGCUGUGAAACGUCACUGCACCACUGACACGCCCACAGAGUGCCAGCCCUGUCCUGAGAGGCACUUUGCCGAAAACUGGCACUGGGGGGACACGUGCCAAUACUGCACCUCGGUGUGUAAAGAGAGACAACUGGUGAGGCAACAGUGUAACAGCACCCACGACCAGCUGUGUGAGUGUGCUCCAAGUUUCCACCUAGUGGUAGAGUUCUGCAUCGCACACAGCACCUGUCCACCUGGCCAUGGGGUGACAGCUCUCGGUACACCAGUGAGUGACACUGUAUGUGAGCGUUGUCCUCCUGGUCAUUUUUCCAGUGGGGGCUCCUCCACAGAGCCGUGUCAGCCCCACAGAAACUGCUCUGAUUUCGGCUUAAAGACACUGAGAUGGGGCACACUGACUUCAGACAGCGUCUGUGGCACAGCCGUCCCAGAAUGCUCUCACCAUCACAGCAUGUGCCACACAGAUGUGACACUGUGCGAGGAGGCAGUCUUCCAGUCCCUCUCCUCUCUGCGACUGUCCUCGGUGCCCCUGGAGCGCCUGUUGGAGAGUCUCCCCGGGCGGAGGGUGGAUCACAAGAGUCUAGAGAGGCUAAAGAAGGCCUGUUCUCCCCAGCAGCAGGUCCUCCAGCUGCUACGACUGUGGAGAGAGCAGAACAAAGACCAGGACAAGCUGUACGGCAUCAUACAAGGAGUGAACCACUGUGAGAGAAAAGUCUCCCGCUGCAAUGGCUUAAAAAACCUGACCCUAGAUGACCUCUUAACGAUCACCAGCAGCCUUCCAGGAGUCAAAGUACACCAAGAGGACGUUCGAGCUGUUGUCUCUACCUGCUCACCCAGACAGUACAUCCUACAGCUUCUUCACCUCUGGAAGACAGUAAACUAUGACCUGGAUCUAGCCAAAGGAUUGUCUCAUAGUCUGAGAGUGAUGCGCAACCAGGGGGCGCCACGCUAUCUGCUGAGAGUCCUGAAGAAGAUCAGCCGCAUCAUUGGAACCACAUCGGCUCACAAGAUGUAUGAGAAGAUGUUUGUUAAUAUGCUGCAGGAUGAGUCAUGUUUUAAGCCACAUAAGCCUUUAAAUGAAUAGGGAACUGGAGAUACUAACUGGAGACGCAUAAAAUAACACUAAUGCAUCAUCAGACGUAAAACAUAUGGGGGGGGGGGUCAGAUAGUAUCAGGUCUCUAAGAUAUCAUGGAAGGAUAUCAAGCUAAGUGCCUUCAUGUAUAUUUUUCCAUCUGCAACAAAAGAGCAGGAUUUUUCCUAUCAAAACCCCAUUUCAAAAUAAGAGCAUUUUGUUUAUAUGAGGAUACAAGGGAUGCUGAUGUUCACCCACAAUGUAAACUACCAGUCUGCAGUGAUUCAUCUAACAUGCUUUAAUAGCUCCUCCACGUGUGUAUUCCAGGCAAACCCACCAAAAGAAAAUACAAUCAAAUGUUUCCUGGAAUUUUUUUGAGUAGAUUCUGUGAAAAAAAACUAUUUAAGAUGUAGAUAUCACUAUUUUAUGGAAGAAAGGCUGGCAAAUGUUGUGUUUUUUAUUAUUAUUAUUAUUAUUAUUAUUGCUUUCUCGCUGAUUAAGAGGAAGGAUUUGGUUUCAUAAUGAAAUCUGUGUAUUUUCUACAGUUUCCCUUUGUUUGUUGGUUUGUUCUGGACUGCUGGCAAGUAAAGCUCAUCUGAAUUAUGUUUUUUUCUAAAACUGUCAGCUUGAUGAAUGUACAAAGGAGUGCAAUGUGUUUUCUAUUUAAAAAAAAUAUAAUUUUUCUCUUAUGAGUAUGUAAAGGCUUGUUUUUAUUACUUUAUAAGAAAUACUGGAUUCCAAAUGCUGCAAGUUCAUGAAGUGAUAUUUGUUUUAUAUUUUGUUUUAUCACUUUUAUAUUAUGAAAUGUCUGGUCUUUUAUUGUAUAUAUGCCUGACUGGUCCUCUUUAAGCUUGUGUAACU